CUGCGCCCCCCGUGCCGAGCAGGGCGAGGUUGCAGCCCGUUAACCUGCACCUGUGGAUGGCUGCAGCCGCAGCUGCCAAGCACAAGUUUUUUUGGUACGUUCGCUUCUGCGUUUCUGGUGAGCGAGGGAUGCACGCAAAGCCGGCACCUCGAUGUCAGCCUGCCGACCGACAGCAAACGUGUGGCCGCUUCAUUUCUGGUACUGCCACUGAUCUGAUCCGGGUUUGGCUGUUUCACUGCAGAAGCUGCUUGUAAUGUGUUCUAGCAGUAUUUGCUCUGGAGGCUACUGACCGAUCUCAGCAACGUUUUCCUGUGCAAGAUUGGUGAAAAACUUGCUGGAUUGCCAUUCAGCAUUUCUUUAUAUCUCUAUACUCGCCCAUACUGUUGUGCCCACGAUUUGUUUUUUAUUUGGGCUCCACGUUUCGCGCCACUGUGGGUCACACCCUUCGGGCAGCUGUCAGAAUUUCUCCUGCAACGGUUACAGCAGCAGGUCAGGUAGAAAGCCACAGUAUCAUGAAUGCUUACUUGUGGAUCAUAAAGGAAUAAAAAUGAGCACGUAUUUUGUGCUUCCUUAGGGAAAAUUGUGGCUGACUUUGUGGAUGGAGACAUUUGAAGUCCAAGUCGAUGCCUUAAGUGCUGUCAUGGGCAGAAGCAGUGGCUUUUCAGCAGGGCACAUAUUUGCUAACUGAAGAGAUACAGGUACAGGGAUGCAGCUCUGCAGAACAGGGAGGUUUUUGCUGUUAACUUGUCUGUCUCCAUCAAAUCGUUUGGUUGGAAGCUGUCACCCAGAAGCACAGAUGCCUGUCCUUGGGUAGAGGACAUUAUUACAAGCUAGGCCUGUGUGUACAGAAGGAUGAAGUUCCAGUCUUCAGCAAGCCAGUGAUGAGUGAAAUCAAGAGAACAUCUUAGCUAUAUGGAGCAUUUAGAAUAAAAUCUCGUAUCUCCCAUUACAAAAGCACUGAUUUGCAUUUUCAGAGAACCCCGUUUUGCCUGUAUAUGUAUGCACACAAAGAAAAAAGGCAGACGAAUUCCAUGUGGAAAGCAUAGAUUUAUUGAGCUGAACUGGAUCAGCUGAAGAAGUGGGGGAAGAGAAACAAAACAAGUACAGCACCACUGAAAAGAGCGUCAGCGCUAUCUAGCAGCAUCACCACAGCAACCAGAAAAUACGAUUAGAAGACGAGGGCUAGAGCAGAGAAGGUGAAAGUGCGGCUCCUUACCUUUGGACAGAAGGCAGAAAAAUAAUUAUGCAGAACAGAGAAGAAUAUUGGAUGGACCAAGCCAAACUGUGGCAAAGGGAAGUGUCCCUUCAGUAACAGGAAUGUGCCACUGUUUAUGCACUGGAAAGGGGAGUGCCAUGAGAUCUACUGAAGAGACUAUUUCUGUGGUUGCUUAUCUACACGUGUUUGCAUCCCUGCUGGAACUGAAUUAGGUGGUACAGGCCUCUUGGACCAGUAGGUAUUGGAUUUUUUCCGUACAAGGUGUACCUGGCACGAGAGCUGGAAGACGCCACAGAUCUUUCUUGGAGACGUGAAUAAACUGAGACAGUCUCUGGCCCUUCCCUUCUGUAACAGCCUGCUAUACCAUGGGAUGUAGGCAAAGCUCUGAGGAGAAAGAGGCAGCGCGGCGGUCUCGGAGGAUUGACCGCCACCUGCGCUCUGAAAGUCAGCGACAACGAAGAGAGAUUAAGCUCCUUCUCCUGGGUACCAGCAAUUCUGGGAAGAGUACUAUUGUAAAGCAGAUGAAAAUCAUUCACAGUGGUGGCUUUAACUUGGAGGCUUGCAAGGAAUACAAACCUCUGAUUAUCUAUAAUGCAAUUGACUCCCUCACACGCAUCAUUCGGGCUCUAGCCACCCUUAAGAUAGAAUUUCACAAUCCUGACAGAGCAUAUGAUGCUGUGCAGCUCUUUGCCCUGACGGGCCCAGCUGAGAGCAAAGGCGAGAUUACCCCUGAGCUUCUGGGAGUCAUGAAACGGCUCUGGGCAGACCCUGGCGUGCAGGAGUGCUUCUGUCGCUCCAACGAGUACCACCUAGAGGAUAAUGCUGCAUACUACUUAAAUGACCUAGAAAGGAUCGCAGCACUGGACUACAUCCCUACAGUGGAAGACAUUCUGCGUUCUCGGGACAUGACCACAGGAAUUGUAGAAAAUAAGUUCACCUUCAAAGAGCUGACUUUCAAAAUGGUGGAUGUGGGUGGACAGAGAUCUGAACGCAAAAAAUGGAUCCACUGUUUUGAGGGGGUUACAGCAAUAAUUUUCUGUGUGGAGCUGAGUGGAUAUGACUUGAAGCUGUAUGAAGAUAACCAAACAAGUCGAAUGGCAGAAAGUUUGCGUCUCUUUGAUUCCAUCUGCAACAACAAUUGGUUUAUCAACACCUCCCUCAUCCUUUUUUUGAACAAGAAAGAUCUGCUGGCAGAAAAAAUCCGGCGUAUCCCCUUAACAGUCUGCUUUCCUGAAUAUAAAGGCCAAAACACUUAUGAGGAGGCAGCAGUCUACAUCCAGCGCCAGUUUGAGGACUUGAAUCGCAACAAGGAGACCAAGGAGAUCUACUCACACUUCACCUGCGCCACUGAUACCAGUAACAUCCAAUUUGUCUUUGAUGCAGUGACAGAUGUCAUCAUUCAGAACAAUCUCAAAUAUAUUGGCCUCUGCUAAGAAUCCUUGGGCUUAAUCUGUUUUACCGAAGCGAUUAAAUAAGAGGCUAACAACUUCCACUUCUAGUG